CAACAAAACAAACCACGAAUAUCGCGAAUGUCCACCUGAUCAAUUUUUUUCAAUAUCUCAGUGAAUCACGUUUAUUUUAUCGACCGCGAGUAUCCAAUGGGCCAAGUCAAGAGCCAGUUUACCGAGGAGGAACUGCAAGACUAUGAGGAUCUGACCUAUUUCACGAAAAAAGAAAUUCUAUAUGCACACAAGAAGUUCAAAAGUUUAGCCCCGGAGAAGGUCGGCCACAACAAAAAUGCUCGUCUAUCGAUGAACAAAAUCCUCCAGUACCCGGAACUGCGGGUCAAUCCGUUCGGUGAUCGAAUCUGCAAGGUUUUCAGCUCCAACAACGGGGAAAUAUCGUUCGAAGACUUCCUCGAUAUGAUGUCCGUGUUUUCGGAUGCAGCACCAAAAUCAGUGAAAGCGGAACACGCCUUUAGGAUUUUCGAUUUUGAUGGCGAUGACAUGAUCGGCAAAAAUGAUCUCAAACAGGUGAUACAAAGAUUGACGGGAUAUAACAAUGCUCUGAGCGAUAGCGAUAUUGAACAGCUAAUAACGAAUAUCUUAGAGGAAGCUGACUUGGACGAUGAUGGUGCUCUUUCUUUCGCCGAAUUCGAACAUAUAAUUGACAAAUCGUCGGAUUUUACUAACUCCUUCCGUAUUAGAUUGUGAACAUUAAACAAACGCUCCACAACUCGAAUCGAUGUAAUCGGCAUAUGAAUAUUUUACCUUAUAUACUCUUCCAGAUCUUUUUAUUUCUGAAUUUUGUUUAUUGUGAUUGGUCAAUAAAAAUGCUCUAGCAUU